AUGUACCCCUCAACAACCCGCCUCGCCCUCCUCUCAGCCGCCAUGGUUGGCGUCCAGGCCAGCGACUGGAGCGGCUCGUACAAGUUCGGCAACAUGUUCUACAGCGGCCCCACCAGCAACGGCGUCCACAUCACCAAAGCCACCUAUUCUUUGAUCGCACCCUCAACCCCCUGCGGCUACGCCACCAGCGGCGGCAACGAGGAACUCGCCUUGUGGAUCGGAAUUCAAGACGACCCGACAGGCCAGGACGUCCUUCAGGAGAACUUCGUCCAGCCCCUGCUCAACUGGGCCCCGGACCAGCAGCUCACCGGUUGCGACACCGAUGCCAGCCACUGGUGCGUCGCGGCUAGCACGUACACGCCUGAGGGCCAGAGCGUGAAGCCGUAUGUACCCGUUGCCCCGGGCAUCACGCUGGAUUUCCAGCUUACUGUUGGUGAUGCCGUCACGCAGACGGUGUGGGCGGAUGGAGAGAUGAUUUCGAAUCAGACCGAUAGCGCGGGCAUGAAGCCCGCUGUGUUUUAUGGCGCCAAUGAAUGCUACUUGCAGACAUGUGGUACGCUGGGUGCAUACUCGUGGAGCAACAUUACUGUGCAUCUGUCGGCGGCUGAUGAGAACUAUGGCAGCACGUUGUCGUUGACCGAUGCUACGAGUGAUGGGUUUAGCACCACAGAUGGUGGAAAGACCUGGACGAAUGCUGGGAUCACAAUUAAGAAGGAUUACCUAUACACGGAUAACGGCGUCCAUGAGUGCUAA